AUGACAGCAAGAGUCAACACUAAGACACCCGUACACCAUCAAUGGCCUAGUCUGGUUUGGCUUCACAUAUUUACAGCUCAUGGCCUUGGAUUCUGGACGGAUCGGUCAGCGGUGCAUGAGGCUGCCGCACAGGGCAGAGCCCUCCAGCUGCAGCAGCUGAUCGAGGGAGGUGCAGCAGUUAACAUCGUGGCAGUUGACUCCAUCACCCCUCUGCAUGAGGCCUGUAUACAGGGACAGACCCAAUGCGUCAGACUACUGCUGGACGCUGGUGCACAGGUGGAUGCUCGUAACAUCGAUGGCAGCACUCCACUGUGUGAUGCCUGUGCAGCCGGUAGCCUGGAAUGUGUGAAGCUGCUGCUGGAGUAUGGAGCAACAGUGAAUCCUCCGCUGUUUACCUUCUCACCUCUUCAUGAGGCUUGCAUGGGAGGCAAUUCAGAUUGUGUUCAGCUCAUGAUUGAUCAAGGAGCUUUCAUGGAGGCCCAUGACUGCCACUACGGGACGCCGCUUCAUGUGGCCUGUGCAAGGCAACAUUAUGACUGCGCCAAAGUUCUCCUAAGUGCAGGGGCAAACGUGAAUGCUGCCAAGCUACAUGAGACGGCCCUUCAUCAUGCAGCCAAAACAAAACACAUCGACUUGAUUGAGCUACUUGUGGAGUUUGGGGGCAAUGUGUACGCCAGGGAUAACCUGAACAAAAAACCGAUCCACUACACCAGUCUGGGAUCUCCCUCUUAUCUCUGCCUUGAGUUCUAUGAGAAUACCCCCCUCAGUCUACAGCAGAUCAGCAGAGUGGCUGUGAGAGUGGCUCUCGGCACAAGAGCACGUGAAGUUGUUUCCAAACUGGGUUUGCCCAAUCGCAUCAUAAGUUUUCUUUCAUACAUUCCACCUCCAGUUAUUGAAAUUUAAAUUACCUACAGACUUUAAGAUGCAGCGCUUAGAAGUUUAAAUCUAGACCAGUUAUGUCUACUUGUUCUUUGCUGGUUCGCACUCAUAAAUUAUUUUUCACUUUUGUUAACAUUGCGAGAUAGGACACUUGGCCCUGGCAGAAUAUGUCAUACAUCUUAAAAUCCAGCAGAUGAUCGUCAAGUUGAAUAGUGACAAAACAUAGCCAAUUGUAGAAAUACGAUGACUCCAUAUCACAUUCACAGAUACCAGUGAUCCUCUGGGGUAGCCGACACACAUAGCUGCUCAAACUUCAUACAGAAAGCAGUUGUUAUGGCAGAUCUGACCUUUCAGGACUGUGUUGGUACUGUCCCUGAGUUAUGGAGCAUUCUGGGACAGUGGUUUCAUGAGAGAACUGGUCCAGUUGUCUAUAAUAAACUCCACCAGAGGUAUUAAGGAAAAAUGUUCAAACUUUAUGCAUCAUAAGAACAAGCAAUAAUAUUGAAAGUUAAGUUUGGGCUUGCAGAUUUGCAUAUCAUAAAACGGUGGACUGUUGACCUUGGUAAAGUUCUGUGCUCUCUGAGUGCCCUUCUAGUUACUACAUGGAGUUUGCUGACCUCACAUAACUUCCCACAUAGCUCAGCCAACCUGCAACCUGAGCAGAGGUCAAAUCAGCCACAAUAACUGAGCACACCUGUGUGGGUGUGUAUGGCCUUAACAAUUAGCUCCCAGAGGCCUUAGCAACACUAGCAUUACUUGGAGUCAUUUGAAUAAGGGUUAAUAAGUAAAAGUAUUAUUUAAUGCAGCUUGAACAUGAACUUGGCUUACUCCUCAUUACCAAGUAAGUGAUUUCAUUAUAGAUGCUUGAAAACCUUAUUGGCCCCCAAGAUGGAACAUGAAGUAGUUUGAUUACAGGAUUAUAUUGCUGUAUGUACUUGUAUAUAUUCUGUUUACUUUAUAUUUAAUGUAAAUUUGUAAAUAAUACAGAUGGUUCUACCUCCAUUAGAUGUGUAAAUAAAUAGACCACUACUGGACUAUUUU